AUGAUUAGACAUACCGUGCCUGGCUUCUCCAGAAGAAGUGUGGCAAGGCUUUCCAAAAGCGUGGGCACACUUAGAUGUAUCACUGCCACUGCGGCUUCCACUGGUAAGAGAUUUAUAUCUAACGAUCCAAAGGAAGUCUUUACCAAAUUAGCGAAUGACAACGAUCCAAAUAGAGAUGCCUUUUUCAGAUACACAUGGGGUUCGUGGCUAAAAAAUGACAAACAACACAAGGAAAAAAGAUUUACCAAGUUUUCCAUUGAAGGUUUAAAUCGCAUUCUUAAUGAUAUCUACAUCCAGUCCAAUGAAAUGGCAAAAGUCGUUGAUGGCAAGAUCUUACCACCUACAUUCAACAGGAAUUUAACUGUCUCCUUAGUUAAUAACGUUAUACCAAAGAACAUAGGAAAGAUCAAUCCUAACGAAAAUGUCCAAGUAACCACAUUGUCCAGUAUUCACGAAGGUAAACAUCACAGAAUAUACAAGGUCGACACCAAUUUGAACAAAGCAUUUAUCUUGAGAAUUCCUUACCCGUUGGAAAACGAGAACACUUUAUCUUACAGAAUAAGAAGUGAAGUAGCAACUAUGGACUUUGCUGGCUUGAAGUUAGGCAUUAAAGUUCCGAAAAUUUUCUGCUAUGGUGUCAAUUCUUUGAAUCCUGUAAGACAACCCUUUGUUCUACAAGAAUUCAUCGAAGGUGACCUAUUGAUGAGGGAUUGGGAUCCAUUGAUGGAAGAUGGCUCUCCCAACCAAAAGAAAUUUGACAACGUUAUUAAACAAGUAUCCGACUUUCAAUCGAAGUUAAUAUCCUUAAAACUGAAUGGAUUUGGCUCCAUCUAUUUCAACAAUGAUUUCAAAGAUGCAGACGAUAAAGAAUUUGUCCAGGACAAAGUGUACGACGGCGAAACCAAUCCAGAUUUACAAAAUAGAUGGAAAAUUGGGCCAUCUGUAGAAAGAUGUCUUUGGAGACACAAGUCCCAUUUGAAUUUUCAAAAACAAAUGAAACCAUUCUUGGGUCCAUGGUCAAUUGAAUCGCCAAUGGACAUCAUUAAAAGUGCCGGUCUAUUGGAAGCUGAAAACGCUAGAAUGAGAUUGGCUUUAAAAGCGGCGGGAAGUUCCCCUGAAUUAGUGAAUUCUCAAACUUUGAAAGAACAAGUGACUACUUUCGAAAAUUUGGCAAAGAUUGCACCAGAUUUAUUCAACGUCAAGACCAAAGCCAUCCCAAAUAUGCAAGAGCUAUUAUCACCGCGUCUGUUUCAUCCUGAUUUGGAUCCAAUGAAUAUCAUCGUUAACAAAGAGUCCCAGGAGGCUUAUUUAUUAGAUUUUGAAGGCACAUGUACUAAGCCUUUCAUUUUACAGAACUCUCCCCAGUUCAUAGCUUAUGAAGGUCCCAAAAUCUAUGACUUGAAGGAAGAUAUAAGCGAUUUUGACAAGUUAUCUGAAGCAGAAAAGAAGCAAUAUCAAUUCAUGUAUAAGCGCACCCGUAACCAACACCAGUGGGAGAAAAAAUUAAAUGAAAAUAACCCUCAAUUGAUUACUGCAGUGGCUCCACCCGUUAAAUUACUAAGAAGCCCAUACGUAGCUGCUGUAGAAAGGAAAACAGAAGAUGAGUAUUUAUUAAUCGAUGAAUCACUAUUGCAACUGAAGGAAGUCUGGGACAUUUUCGCUCAGAAUGAUUUAGUGAAGCAAAAAAAAUUCCCGCUGACUUAUACUAAGGAAGAUAUUGAAAGACAUGUCAAAGACUUGCAAAAAUUACACGAAAAACUAAUAUCUACCCCAUUUGCUGCUACUCAGGGCUGGGUUCCUCAAGACAUGUUUGACCAUCUGUUAAAAUCUGGUAGUAUUGUCAAACAGGAAAACGGGGAAUACGCCGUGAAACAACCUGAAACAUCCAGUUAA